AUGACUUUUUUUAAAAUCAUUUUAGUAAUUUUAAAGUUACAACGGAACACUCAAUUUAUUCACAAUUUAAUUUCAGCCAAAUUUCCAAACAUUGCUUAUAUUAAAACCCUUUCGACGUUCAGUACAAGAUGGAUAUGGACUUUGAUUAUGCCACACCACCGCCCGAGGAGCGCAUCAUACGUACGCACAACUUGAACCAAGAACAGGAAGCCGAUCUAAAGCUUGCGUUCUCACUGUUUGAUACCAAUGACACUGGCAUUAUACCCAUGAAGCAACUGAAGGACAUUUUACAUGCCGUGGCCCACAACCCACCCGAGCAUGAGCUGCAGGACUAUUACAGUGAAUACGAUCCUAAUGGCUCGGAUGAGCUAUACCUCAGCGAUUUUCUGCACAUCAUGUCCACACGUUACGCCGGACAAAUGCCGGAGGACGAGGUCAUACUGGCAUUCAAGGUCUUCGACAAAGAUGACAACGGCUGGAUACACGAAACCGUGUUCAAGCAAAUGAUGAGUGCUUAUGGCGACGAUAUGAAUGAAGAUGACCUUGAUCAAAUCCUAUUGGAUGCCAAUUCAAAUACCGAGGGCAACAUCAUUUACAGAGAUUUUGUUGCCAUGAUGACUCAGCGUUAGAGCUGAGCAGGCUACGAAAAACAAAUUGUAACUUUAAAACAACAAGCAUGCUAAAUAGUCAAUAAACAUCAUUACAUUUGG